UUCCAGUACGAACUUCACAACGACUGACAUGCACUGACUGGCCUUGGCUGGAUACUCAGAGAACUUUUGCAGUCGCAGCUCAGACGAUUCUGAUCCAAUAUAGAUCUAGAGAAGAUCAUCAAGGUCAAUAUCCGGAAUGGGGGUUGUGGCUUCUAACUUUGCAGGAAAUGAUGGAGGUAUUGUUUCUGAAAUGGUCCACCCAUCCAGUGAUGAAUGGAUUUCCAAGCAUGCAGAAGCAUCCAAGAUGACUAAUCCGCAGGUCAAGAAAUUGUGGGAUGCAUUUCAGAAGCUGGGGAGCAGCAGCAAUGGUGAGCUGUCAGCUGACACCCUCAAGUCUCUUAGUACAAAGAUGGGAAGUUCUAGUGAGGAAAACUUCAUUAACAAGAUACUGAUGCAGUUCCCGAGGACUGAGAAUGGAGGUGUGUCAUUCCAGACGUACUGCAACGCAACAAAAUGGUUCAGUGACAGUAACAUUGAGACAAGAGUCAUAGGUGCUUUUCGGGUUCUAAACAAUGCAAAUGCAAUCACGCUACCUAUCCUGACAGAGAUUUUGAAGGAGAUUUACACAGAUACUAGUGAGGCAGUCAUCUCAAGGACAGCCCAGGUCUUCAUGCAGGAAGUAGAUGUCAAAGGUCAAGGGUCAAUCGGUGAGGAAGACUUUGUCCGUUGGGUGAAGAAGAUGCCUACCAACGUGGUGGAGCAGAUUAUGACCUUUGACCCCAUUAGUUCAGGGUCACCUACAUCCAAGAACUCAAGAGCAUCUUCCGAGGACAACCGACCAUCAGUUUCUCUUCUACAGCGAGUCGCUGGUAACGCUAGGAAUCGGGACUGGCUUCUUCUUGUCAAUAAACUCGGGUUCACAGAAGAGGAGAUCAAAGAUGUCGGGGAUCGCCUUGGUAACAAGAAACAUGAUGAGCAUCUGUUCGAGCUCUUGAAAGUUUGGCGUGACAAGACUGAUGCUGUCGUUACCAAGGAAACGCUGAAGGAUGCCCUACUGUCAAGCGGUAUGGAGGAUUUGGCCAUGUUGCUUCAGUCAUGAAAAGUGAAAUUAAAUGUUUUCAUGAUCACUUGUGUGAUGAAAAUUUCCAUACUGCUUCAUUGAGUUGCCAAGUAAUUCAAAUUCAUAGACAUUUCUUUGUUAAGGAGAGAACAAAGGGCCUGUUCAUGGAGAUCACAAUGAGUUUCAGAUAAUGCCAAAUAGGAGUCUUGCUAUUAUCAUUUCAUGAAACCCUACGGGCAAACAUCCCAUUGAAAUGCAUGUUUAUUGG